UCCCUCUCGAGAAAUACAUUUUGCAGCCCACCCCCUUUCUUCCACCUACCUUUCACUUUUGACCCUCGUCGGCUCCCUCGUCGAUCUCGAGGGAUUCCCCCAAAACGAAGCAAUCGCCAUUAGAAAACCAGUAAGAUCCGGCGAAGAAUCAGAAGCAGGAGCAGUAGCCAAAUUCACGCGGCGAGAGCUAGUCGCGGAGAAAGGGUCCGAUGGAUCAACAACCCCAGUGGAUUAGUGAGAACUAUGCAAAUCCGAAGACAUGCUUAUUCCAUGUGCUCUUCAAGGCAGCGGCAUUGGCGUUCUACAUACUGUCAGCGCUUUUCGUGAACAACUUCGUCAUUAUCUUUGUCAUCACUGUGCUCCUCGCAGCACUUGACUUCUGGGUUGUGAAGAAUGUGAGUGGAAGAAUACUGGUUGGGCUGCGGUGGUGGAACGAGAUUAAUGACGAGGGAGAGAGUGUCUGGAAGUUUGAGUGCCUUGAUGGAGAGUCUCUGGCUAGGAUGAACAAGAAGGACUCAUGGCUGUUCUGGUGGACUCUAUAUUUGACUGCUGCCGCAUGGAUUAUCCUUGGGAUAUUCUCGCUCAUCAGACUUCAAGCGGAUUACCUUCUUGUUAUUGGAGUUUGCUUGAGCCUCAGCAUUGCAAAUAUUGUUGGUUUCACCAAAUGCAACAAAGAUGCCAAGAAGAACAUCCAGGAUUGGACUGCAAAUGCCCUUCUAUCAGGGAGCGUCAGGUCACAUCUGCAGUCAGCAUUCGGUGUCUGAACUCCGAACAGAUGGCCUAUGACAUAGUAUUAGUAUCACGUAUAGUGCUUGCUGAACAAUUUACUGAUAACAUGAUGACACAUUUUCAGUUUGUUUGUCUUACCUAAUUACUUGCCAUAUGAAUACAUGGACCUGCCUCCUUGAUGCCCUUAGUAUCGUUUCAUCCUGUGUCACCGGAGGAUGAUUUUGACUAGAGUUAAAUGCAGAAUAGCACCUCUCUGUACUAAGCACUUACUAGCUCCUGAUAACUUUGAAGUUGGCUUGGCCUCCUCAUUGAUGUUGUUGUGUUGCUAGUUAACUGCAAAACAUUCUGCUUGUGAUAGAAUGCCAUUGUAUUGGUACAUAUACAUUUCUGAGUUAUCCAGGCAAUUCUAGGUCAUCAGAGACAA